CCUGUACGUCUGAGUUCACCGGUGAGUCUGGAGAUCUUGAUGCCAUGGCGCCGGAGGUGAAGCCGCACCCAUAUCGUGUGUUCGUCUCUGGCCUCUCCAAAACCCAUGUGGAACGCUACGAUGGUGGCAUUGUAGAAGAGGAUAACUUGGGCUAUUUCUUCUACGACAGAGGUUGCCGAGUGGAAGAUGUAAGACUCAUGGCGGAUCCAAGUACAAGCAAGUGCCGAGGUUUCGGCUUCGUGGACUUUGCAGACGAGGAUUCCUUCCACAAGGCCCUGAGCUUGGCUGGGACGCAGGACCCUCCCAAAGUGAAGCUCGACCACAGUUCUGGUGGCCGCAUCAAGGUGGAGGCUGCCAAGCCCGCACAGCCAGUGGUGAGGGACAAGCACAAAGAGCUGGCCAAAGCUCGAGAUCACACUGAAGAUAUGGAGCGUGCCUUGCGAUGGCGUGAGGCGAAGGUGAGGGAACUCUCCAUGGAACUGCACAAGCACCGAGAGCGGCAGAAGCUGCUGGAUGCCCGGCGCACCGUGGAGCAGUGUUUGGCAGAAGAAUGCCUCAGGCAAGAUGAGAUUCACCAGGCGGAGGAGAAGUUGGCCGCUGUAGAGGAGGUCUUGAGAGCCGCGUUGGCCUCCGAACAGGAUAGAACCCGGGCACUGGAAGCAAUUGCUCACAGUGUGGAUGAGAACCAACGCAGGUCCGAGGCCCAUUUGGAAGAAGUAGGCCAUGAGGAGGCAACUGCAGCUCAUGGCCCAGGCCCUGAGCUUCGGAUCAAAAACACCUUCUACGAGUUCUGCAUUCCCAAGGAUGUUGAGCCACUAGUUCGAACCAAAACAGCACCCAGCGCUGUCAACAAGAUGGGUGGGUAUGCUGAUGCGCAGUCUCCGACAGAUGCCGGCAAGCAAGAGGCAUCCAGCGCAGCAUCUUCAUCCACUAAGGCGUCUCCGCUGCUGACGCUCAUGCCAGCGCCGUCCCCUCCGGCACCGUGGGCCGUGAAGCGUGACACGUCACACAUCCUUCGAUCCAUCUUGGAAGACAAGAUGGAAGCCGAAACGGAGAAAGAUGCCUCUGAAGCCAGAGGCCGCAGUUCAUCUCGACAAGCCAAGGCAAAGUUGUCAUCAGAAGUCAAGGGGCACAGCUUAGAGGCCCAGGCCAAGGCACCAGAGACUCGUGUGGACUUGAAAGACAAGGAUCUCGUUGCCAAUCAAGGACUCUGCCAAGGCGACUUGUCCAUCCCUGCAGACCACAUCACUAGUUGGGCCGAUGAGAGUGAGAACUUGGAGCCAGGAGAUGUUGAGCCCUGGUCUGCACCCUCCUCUCCUUCAGGUCGACGCGAGGUGAGGAUCAGGAAUCUCCCGCUGAGACCGGCGGAGGAGUUGAAGGAUGCAAUAAGAGAAGAAUUGGGCCGACUUUGGCGAGUGGUGCUCAACAGAACUCCGCCAGUGGUGGAGUCGCUGUCCAUAGCCGACCAUCAGGAUGAGUCAGUGGCCAAUUCCGCAGCUCGUGCGGCAGGGACCGAGGCCACCAUUCAGUUCCUUCGUGCGGCGGAUGCACACUGGUUGGUUGACCAACGACAGCCAGCAAACUGGGCCCGUGCUGAAACAAUGUCCAUUCGCGGCAGGGUACUUCAUGCUGAAUGGACGCCUCUACCGCCGCCUGUUGACUGGCGCAGACUCCGGUACAAGGCUGACACUGAUGCUUCAUCACAACUCUCCUAUGAUACCGUUGGCACGAAGCGCUCCUGCAGCCAUGCCAUUGCGGCAAGGAAGCCUGAAGUCGUACAGAGUGGACGUGGAGUUCAUCCCCCGCAAAACAGGACGGUGAUUUUAACCGGGAUUGCACCUCAUCUCCCAGUGCACAUGGUGAGAAGUGAGGUGCUGGACUUGCUCCGGCGCCUCUGGCAGCGGGAUGGUUUAAAGUUUGACCCGGACACCCAGCUUCACCGCGGCGCAGAGGGUGGCCUCGGCGUUCGGCAUGGGCGCCGGGGCCAGGAGAACGAUGGCAGCUGCAUGGUACGGCUGAGGAACUAUGCAGAUGCCAAGUGGCUGGUGGAACAGGCUCGCGGCCUGAGCAUUGAGGGGAAGCCAGUGAGGGCAAUGUGGGCUCGACCCAAAGAUGGCCGCUGAGGAACUCCAUGGAGCGCACCUGCUCAACCCUGGCACUGAGGAAUGCUGUGGACUGCAAAGCGUUGUAUAUAUCCGAAAGCUUCAUAGAAGUUCCCUUUCUGUGGGCCACCAGAAGCACAAAUCUCCAGUUUCCAUUCAGGAUCAAGACACUCUGACUGAUCUGGGGAACUUGAGAGGAAAAGGGAAUCUGCUGUAGAGCCC